UCCGGAAAAUCGCUUAACGAUUUAUUAUAUGUAGGUCCUAACUUACAAAAUAACAUAUUUGAACUCUUAAUAAAUUUACGCUUAUUCUCAAUCGCAGUAACCGCAGAUAUUGAAAAACAUUAUUUUCAAUUAAAUUUAACGCCCGCGCAUCACGCUUUUCAAAGAAUUCUUUUUAGAUUUGACACUGAGCAAUCUAUUGACACUUAUAACUUCACCGUAGUAUCAUUUGGAGUAUCUAGUUCACCUUAUCUCGCUAUGAGAGUCGUGCGUCAGCUAGCUGAAGACAGCAUUGACAGGUACCCGCUCGCAGCUAAUGAAGCUACUCAUCACAUGUACAUGGACGAUUACAUAAACUCAAUCGAUGGUUUUGAGAAAGCCAAAGAAACUUAUCAUGAAAUGGUCGAUAUGUUCAACUCGGGUGGUUUCAAUUUAACCAAAUGGAUCUCCAAUGACACUAAAUUUCUAAAUGAAGUUCCUAGCUCUCAUAAAAAUCCGCACGCAAUUAAUUUUGAUUCAGAUGCUCAAGACGUUACAAAAAUAGUAGGAAUGCAGUGGCAUCCUAAACUCGAUACUUUUACUUUUAAAAUCAACGCUAAGGAAAGUCCACGCGAUUAUACAAAACGCUUAAUUCUUUCGAUUACCGCGCGCCUGUUCGAUCCAAUCGGUCUAAUAGGUCCUGUUACCGCUUUUAUGAAACUUCUCGUCCAAGAAUGUUGGAAAUUAAAUCUCGACUGGGAUACUCCAGUACCCAGCUCAAUCGCUCAACAGUUUGAACAAUUUUGUAAUGAACUACCACAUUUAGAACAAAUCAAAAUUCCACGCUACGUAGGGAUGAACUCUGAAUCCCAUGUAACGCUCAUAGGUUUUUCUGACGCUAGUGAAAGAUGCUAUGGAGCCGCCGUUUACAUACGCGUAAGUUCAGAUGAACAUUCUUCUGGCUCUGUUCAUUUGCUCGCUUCAAAAUCUAGAGUCGCACCGCUUAAGAAAACAUCACUCGCUCGACUCGAGCUUUGCGCAUCUCUUCUAUUAGCCAGUUUAAUUGAUUUGAUACGUGAAACUCUUAGUAAGCGCUGCAAAAUAAAUAAUAUUUACGCAUUUUCUGACGCAACAGUAGCCCUUUCAUGGCUUCAUUCUCCCGCAUAUAAAUACCAUACAUUCGUUGCCAAUAGGAUUACCGAAAUUAAUUCAAAGUUAUCUGCUGAACAUUGGUAUCAUAUAAAAGGACGCGAAAAUCCUGCGGACAUUAUAUCUCGUCCAGUCACGCCGAAAGAAUUAUUAGAACGCAAACUUUGGUUUAACGCUCCUCAGUGGACAACGCAUCCUAUAUCGCGAUGGCCUAUAACGCCUUUUCAAGUAAACGCUCAUAAUGAAAAUUUUGAAGAAGCAAAAAUUACUGUUCUAGCAGUUGAAACUUCUGUUUCCGACACUCAACAUCCGAUUGAUAUCUUAGCCGAACGCUCUUCUAGCUGGUCUAAAUUAUUGCGCACCAUUGUUUACAUGUUAAGAUUCUCUAAACGCAAAUUAGAUGAACUUUACACUCUCAUACAGUCCAAUGCUUAUAAAAAUUUCAUUGAGAAUCGCCUCGCAGAACAUCGUAUUCAAUUUAAGCAUAGCCCGCCUUACGGCCCGCAUUUUAAUGGUCUUAGCGAAAUUAACGUUCGCUGUGUAAAAACGCAUUUAUACAAGGUAGUAGGGACACAAAUCCUUACUUAUGAAGAAUUAAAUACAAUUAUAAUUCAAAUCGAAAACUUAUUAAAUAGUAGACCAUUAUGUAUUUUAAGCUCUGAUCCGUCAGAUCUUUCCGCACUUACGCCCAAUCAUUUUCUCAAUCUCACUCCCGCAAAAUAUUUACCUUUCGAGGAUUUAACGGAUAUUCCCGACAGCCGCUUAUCCCGCUAUCAAUUGUUAACUAAAAUUACUUGUUCUUUCUGGAAACGCUGGAGCCAAGAAUAUUUGACUUCUUUACAACACAGACAAAAGUGGAAUACUCCAUCCAACCCUGUGAGUCUUGGAGCUGUUGUUGUAAUCAAAGACUCCAACGUUCAUCCUCUUUGCUGGCCUCUAGGAGUUAUAGAAGAACUCUAUCCAGGGAAAGACAGUAUAAUUCGAGCAGUCAAAGUUAGAACGCGUUCCGGAAGCUACAUCAGACCUGUAGUUCGGAUAUGCCCUCUACCUUCUCAAUAGGCUGCUAUUAACGCUAUUAACUCUAUUUAAACACUUUAAA